AUGACGACCCCAAAGCCUAACAUUCCCCCCGCGGCCACAUCCGCGUCGCCCACACCCGCGUCGCCCACAACACUCACGCAAGAGGCCAACAGGGACUUCUACAAGGACCCAGACUUCAGCGCCACCACCGCCCCAAAGGACGGCCCUGAACCCUCACCCACCGCCGAAACCGCUAAACUCGGUAUCAAACCGGAACCAAAGGUUGACGUCGCUGCGGCUCCCGUCGUCACCACCACCACCAAUGGACAGGUACAGGAGACUCCUAUCACGCCAAAGGCUGAUGCUGCCACUACCGCUGCACCUGCCCCUACUCCUGCCGUUGCUGCUCCUGCCCCUACUCCUGCUGUUUCUAUUCCUACUUCCCCUACCACUAUUACUCCUGCUACUACUACAGUCGCAACUUCUGCCGUCCCUAGUAUUACCGCUGCUAUUGCCGCUGCCGUCAACUCUACCGACGAUGUCGACAUGACUUUCGCCACAGGAACACCCAUUGAGGAAAUGAGCUUGUCCAUCGAGGAGUCCAUCGAGGAGGACAGUGAUCAAGACCAAGCCUUCUCUGACGACGAUCUCAAGGAAAACGGAACACAGUCGGAGGAGGCAAGGCAAGCAAGACAGGUUCGGGAUAGAAUUGAGGAACUCCAGAUGCGCAACAACAUCCUGGAAGCAAGUCUUGACGAGAUCGUCACCGAGAAGCACCGCAUCGAGGGCGAGUAUAGCCGCGCCAUCGGCUAUACCCAGGACCUUCACAGACAGCUCAUCGACACCCAACAGAAACUUCAGAAGCGCGAGAGAGAUUACGAGGUCAUGUCCAAGAACUACCUUGAGCACGUCAGGCUCAUUCGUGCAACCGAUGACGACCACUCCACCAUCAUCGACCGCCUGACUCAACUCAAGGCCUCUAUCGAACAUUUGGUCCGAAAGGCCCAGGGCAGUCGGUCCGUCAACUUGAACAGGGAGGUUGUGAUUGAGCAUUUCAAGAACUCGGGUCUCCUCGAGGGCUUCCCCAUCCCCGCAGACAAGCUGGAGGCAUUCCAUCUGAACCUGUACAUGGAAUCAGUAAUUAUGUCGACACUCGUGACUCGCUUCUUUGGCAAGGCCCUAAGCUGCAUCUUCAGCUUCAACGAGGGCUUCAAGGACAUCUACGACUGGAUGCACGACCGCAACGAGAAGCUUGCCGUGCGCUGGAGACAACAGCUCUGCGUCAUGAUCACACAGGAUCCCGCCACCAAGACCCGUCAGGAGGAGGAGGUCAACGCGGUUGCGACCGAGCUUUCGGAGCUGGUGACCAAGGUUUACACCAACGCCAACGAACUGCCCAAGCUCAAGGACCUUUGCAACAAGGCGUUCGAGCUUUCAGUAGCCAUGACUGCUCUUGAGUCAGUCAUCAGUCCCGAGACGGUCGCUUUGGGCACAGCUUUUGACGAGGAGAACAUGGGCACGUCGUUGAAGAGCAACCCCGAGGGGAAGGUCGCACUUGUCAUCUUCCCAUCGUUUGUCGACAAGGAGCGUGCAUUCAACAUUAGGCCAAAGGUGUGGUGCAACUGA